GGGUCGGGGGAGCCUCCAGGAGCCUGGUGGACGCGCGGUGCGCGGGCCCCGCCAGGGCUGGGAGUUUGCAGACUGUCCCUGCCGCGGCCCGUUCCGCGGCGGCCCUUGCGGUUCCCGCUGCAGCCGCGGCGGGCCCUGGGGCGGGUUCGAGCCCAGCCAGGUAGCCGCACCGCCGGGCUCGGGAGCACUGCAAGCCGCACCUAGGCAAGGGGGCUCCUCGGGACGGAGGCUGGCGGGGCUCUCCCGGCUGCUGCCGCUGUUGUUGUUGUUGCUGCUGCUGCUGCUGAUCUGCUGGGGGAAGGUAAGUCAAUUACUGUUCUGAAGUGGACACUGGCAGAGGAGCCAUUAGGCCAUCAGAAUGGAAGUGAGGAGAGGAAAUUGGCUGACGCAGGAGCCCGAGUGAGACAGACACACCCACAAACCCAGCGUACACCAUGAGUUUGUGUCUCCCUUCUACUCUUUGAGAGCCAAGGGCAGGUGAAGUUGCCAGAAAGCUAUGGCUUUUUUUACUCCAUGGAAGCUGUCCUCUCAGAAGCUUGGCUUUUUCCUUGUGACUUUUGGCUUUAUUUGGGGUAUGAUGCUCCUGCAUUUUACCAUCCAGCAGCGAACUCAGCCAGAAAGCAGCUCCAUGCUGCGGGAGCAGAUCUUAGACCUCAGCAAGAGGUACAUCAAGGCGCUGGCAGAAGAGAACAGGAAUGUGGUGGAUGGGCCAUAUGCUGGUGUCAUGACUGCUUAUGAUCUGAAGAAAACUCUUGCUGUGUUGUUGGAUAACAUCUUGCAGCGUAUUGGCAAGUUAGAAUCAAAGGUGGACAAUCUGGUCAUCAAUGGCACAGGAACGAAUUCGACCAACUCCACCACAGCUGUUCCCAGCUUGGUAGCACUUGAGAAAAUUAAUGUGGCAGACAUCAUUAAUGGAGCUCAAGAAAAAUGUGUAUUGCCUCCUAUGGAUGGCUACCCCCACUGUGAAGGGAAAAUCAAGUGGAUGAAAGACAUGUGGCGCUCGGAUCCCUGCUACGCAGAAUAUGGAGUGGAUGGGUCCACCUGCUCCUUUUUUAUUUACCUCAGUGAGGUUGAAAACUGGUGUCCUCAUUUACCUUGGAGAGCAAAAAAUCCCUAUGAAGAAGCUGAUCAUAAUUCAUUGGCUGAAAUUCGUACAGAUUUUAAUAUUCUCUACAGUAUGAUGAAAAAGCAUGAAGAAUUCCGUUGGAUGCGACUUCGGAUCCGGCGAAUGGCUGAUGCUUGGAUUCAAGCAGUCAAGUCUCUGGCAGAAAAGCAAAAUCUUGAAAAGAGAAAGAGGAAGAAAGUCCUUGUUCAUCUGGGACUCCUGACGAAGGAAUCUGGAUUUAAGAUUGCAGAGACAGCGUUCAGUGGUGGCCCUCUUGGUGAAUUAGUUCAGUGGAGUGAUUUAAUUACAUCUCUGUACUUACUGGGCCAUGACAUUCGGAUUUCAGCUUCACUGGCUGAGCUCAAGGAGAUAAUGAAGAAAGUUGUAGGAAACCGAUCUGGCUGCCCAACAGUAGGAGACAAAAUUGUUGAGCUCAUUUAUAUUGAUAUUGUUGGACUCGCUCAAUUCAAGAAAACUCUGGGACCAUCUUGGGUUCAUUACCAGUGUAUGCUCCGAGUCCUGGACUCCUUUGGCACUGAACCUGAGUUUAAUCAUGCUAACUAUGCCCAGUCAAAAGGCCACAAGACCCCAUGGGGCAAGUGGAAUCUGAACCCACAGCAGUUCUAUACAAUGUUCCCUCAUACCCCAGACAAUAGCUUUCUGGGGUUUGUGGUCGAGCAACACCUGAACUCCAGCGACAUCCACCACAUUAAUGAAAUCAAAAGGCAGAACCAGUCCCUGGUGUAUGGCAAAGUGGAUAGCUUCUGGAAGAAUAAGAAGAUAUACUUGGACAUUAUUCACACAUAUAUGGAAGUGCAUGCCACUGUAUAUGGCUCUGGUACGAAGUAUAUUCCGAGCUAUGUGAAAAACCACGGUAUCCUCAGUGGACGGGAUCUGCAGUUUCUUCUACGAGAGACCAAGCUUUUCGUUGGACUUGGGUUUCCCUAUGAAGGCCCAGCUCCUCUGGAGGCCAUUGCAAAUGGAUGUGCUUUUCUGAAUCCCAAGUUCAACCCUCCCAAGAGCAGCAAAAACACCGACUUUUUCAUUGGCAAGCCAACUCUAAGAGAGUUAACAUCCCAGCAUCCUUAUGCAGAAGUUUUCAUCGGCCAGCCACAUGUUUGGACUGUUGACCUUAACAAUCAGGAGGAAGUAGAAGAUGCAGUAAAAGCAAUUCUGAAUCAGAAGAUUGAGCCCUAUAUGCCAUAUGAAUUUACAUGUGAGGGGAUGCUACAGAGAAUCAAUGCUUUCAUCGAAAAACAGGACUUCUGCCAUGGGCAGGUGAUGUGGCCACCCCUCAGCGCUCUGCAGGUGCAGCUGGCACAGCCAGGGCAAUCAUGUAAGCAGGUAUGCCAGGAGCACCAACUCAUCUGCGAGCCCUCAUUCUUCCAGCACCUCAACAAGGACAAGGACAUGCUCAAGUACAAGGUGAACUGCCAAAGCUCCGAGCUGGCCAAGGACAUUCUAGUGCCAUCGUUUGACCCCCAGAACAAGCACUGUGUAUUUCAGGGAGACCUCCUGCUGUUCAGCUGUGCAGGUGCCCACCUGGAGCACCAGAGGAUCUGCCCAUGCAGGGACUUCCUCAAGGGCCAGGUAGCCCUGUGCAAGGACUGUCUAUAGCAGACCUGCUUGGCCACCAACACUCCACCCGGGACAGAGGCUCCAGCUCCAACACUUUGUAGGCCAAAGCCAGGGGCUCCGAGUGCUUCAGAGACUCUCUCCAGAGCCCAAACUUCUUGAUGGAAGGUGGCAGGUGAUGCCACUCCUUCGGUGUCUAAGGCCCCUGCUGUGUCAGCCCUGGGGCCUGACUUCCCUGGCACAAGUCUAGUUUUUCCUUCUGAGAAGCCACUGAGGGGUAGAUUCUCAAUGCAGUUUCACCAUGAGGUAGGAAAAAAGCCUCAAGACUUAUUUCCAUGUGAAUCAAGCCCAGAAGAAUUGAGCUGACCAGAAAGGACUGUUAUGGGAACAUUCCUAGAUCCAAUAAUUUAUUUAUUUGGGAGGGAGGGAGGGGAUGCAGGGGAGAAGGGUGCAGGGGUCAGCCACAAGUGUCAUAUUUUUCUUGGGUUUUCCCUUGCUGACCAUCCACCUUCGCUCCAAUAUUCCUGUCUACUCCAGUUGGGUGCCCUGGAGUGGUGGCACUCUGGAGGACAACUGUGGAAACCUGGCUUUUCACAUGGGAUGGUGGCAGGAAAGUCUGUAUGUGUACUUGGCAUAUAGAAAUUAGAGGACUAGUGUCCCCUGAAAAUAUGGGGGAAUGUGCCAGAGUCAUCCAGAGAGCCUUGCCAGGGACCAAAGAUAGGGCUGCUUUGAGAAAAUCUUUUUUCUUCAUGCCACCCGCACUCCUGUAUGUACCUGGGCCCUAAUUUCAGCUAGAGCCCCUUAAGGAAAAAAUCCAAGGCUGUAAAACAGCCCUUCUUCACCAGGCCUAGGAAGGAGGGUAAAAAAGCAGAGCAACAGAUAGGGGUUAAAUUAUGUCGAGGGU